AGUGUUGGCAACAAAAGAACAUCUCAUCGUCUAAACCACCGAUUAAACAUUCUAAACCACGUCAGGUUCGCCUGACGAUGGAAUUCGAUCACGUCUUGAAGAUCGUCGGUGAGUUUGGACCUCAUCAGAAGAGACUGUAUUUUCUUUUGUGUCUGUCGAUGGUUCCCGCAGCCGUUCAGCUCUUACUUCUUGUUUUCAUCGCCGCCGAGCCCACAUGGAUUUGUCUGGGUUCUUCAUCGAACAACACAUGCCCUAAGAAUAGGUCUCAUUGCGGAGAGAGGCAGUAUACUUCAAAAUUCACGUCCAUCAUCAGCGAGUGGGAUCUCAUAUGUGAAGAUGCUUAUAAAGCUGAUCUUGUUCAAUCAAUUGUUAUGGGGGGUACCCUAGCAGGAGCCAUUUUCUUUGGAGCACUAGCAGACAGAUAUGGACGCAGGAAAAUCUGGUAUCUCACAUUUUCUGGGCUUGUGGCAUUUGGAUUUGCCAGCUCAUUUGCACCAACAUACAAAGUAUUUGUAAUUUUGAGAUUUUUUACUGGAUUCUGCAUUGGUGGUGAAUUAUUAUCAGCAUUUGUCUUGGCAACUGAGCUUGUUGGUCCAUCAUACCGUGGGUUUGCUGGUACAAUGGCACAAUGCUUUUUUACAUUAGGACUUCUUAUUUUGCCUAUUGUGGCUUAUUUAAUACGUGAAUGGAGAACAUUAUCUGUGGUGCUCUCUUUGCCAGCUUCAGUUUUUGUAUUAUUUUUCAGAUGUGUUCCAGAGUCAGCACGCUGGCUAGUUAUAAGGGGUAGAGUGUCAGAAGCAGAAGAUAUCUUACUAGAUAUAGCAUUAAAGAAUGGUAUUGCAAUACCAAAAAGUCUCAUUCAGGUGAACAGACCAUUUCACAUUGGCUCAAGAUAUGGAUGCCUGGAUCUGUUCUGUAGAAGGAGAAUCUGUAAAAUUACUUUUAUAUUGAUAUGUGUAUGGUUUAUCAAUACCUUGGUAUAUUACGGUUUAUCAUUGAAUACCAAACACCUUGGUGGGGAUAUCUACAUGAAUUUUUUCUUGUACAGUAUAAUGGAAAUUCCUGCCUUCCUAACAUGUUUUUGUUUCAUAAACUGGAUUGGACGUCGUAAAAGUGUUUGUUAUUAUAUGGUUGCUGCAGGAUGUGCUUGCUUUGGUUGCUUGUUUAUUCAAUCAAGCAGUAACAGUGACAUUACAUCUACGUUAACAACUGUGUUUGCUAUGAUAGCGAAGUUUGGUAUUUCAGCCUCUUUUGCAGUGAUUUAUGUUUAUUCUGCUGAGCUUUUUCCUACCGUUGUAAGGAAUGUCGGGAUGGGUGUGUGCUCCAUGUCAUCGCGUGUUGCUGGAAUAUGCGCGCCAUUUGUUGUUUAUCUGGGGACCUUCUCGAAACCUUUACCAGUUGUCAUCUUUGGCUUAUGUUCUUUUUCUGCUGGAAUACUUUGCCUGGCAUUACCAGAUACUUUAAACAAACCAUUACCAGAGACGCUGGACGAUACGACAGCCUAUGAGAACCUACGGUCUGGGAUUGCAUAUCAACAAUUGGAAAUGUCCCAUUUAGCGUCUGUUGUACGAGAUGAACAGCUCUUUCAGGCAAAUGACUCCGACUUUGACUAUGACGACGAACUAGUAACUGAAAAGACAACAUUCAUUUAAGGAUCUGUUCAUUCCUAGUGCUUGUCAAAAGCGUUGCGAGAUGCUUAGUAGAAAACCUGAAGAAAGGGCGGUGCUAAACGCCAGCUGGAUACAGGGAAUCGAAGUUUUGUGGAAACGGACUUACAAGAAGGCAGUUCAUGUCUUCUAGUCUACUUCUUAAAAAGUGCUGGCACUUGAAAAAGACAUCGAUAAUUGUUGAAAAGCAAAGGGCCAUGGCAGAAAUCCUUUCAUGCACAACUACAAAUAGCAAAAUAUAGAGACGGAAAAAAGUGAAAAAACAAAACAACCAUAAAAUUAACAAACGAGUUACACCAAAAGAAAGAAUCAGCUAAGAAAUUCCAUACGUGAAAACAAAUUCCACCUUCCUGUCUUGUACACGGCUCAAUAGAAAAUCAGAGUUUUCUUUAUAUCGUUUUUAUUGAAUAAUUUUUAUCCACAGCAAAAGUAGAGCAACCCAGUUGAGCCAAUUUAAAAAAAAGUUAUUAGCAAAAAUAUUGUUUGCAACAUCCAAUAAACUUAU